AUGGUGCGAACAACGGCAGCUCGUACUUAUGGCAAAACUUCGACAAAAGCAAAAGCAAGGCGGCUCUUUGCUGAACUGCCUCAAAGCCCGAUACGGAAGCCUAAUGCGACGGUUACGGUAGACUCUGACGAUGACACAAUCAUCAAGAUUACCGAGCAACUCAAUGCUGUUGGGAUCCAUAACGAGUCCUACUCCUCGGAAGAUGAGCUCUCAAGAGACUUCAGCGCGGUUGUCGUGGCAUCUCCGCCAACACCACAAAAACCGGAAACUCCGCCGAGGGCAGUGAAACAAACCCCGAGGACAGCUAAAGGAUCGAGGAGAAAAGCGAAGGAACCGAUUCCUACACCGGUAAAAAAGGCCGAAAAGCCCGGGACCAAAGCUUCUGGAGCGCCAGUACAGCCUCAACCUGACUAUCGCGUUCUUACUUGGGAGGAUGUGUGCCCGCUCGGAGACACGAUCGAGAAGAUUGCCGAGGCUUCCUACGCAGAAGUCUACCGCGUACGAAACGAGCGCGGGACGAGCAUCAUCAAAUGCAUCCGUCUGGAGUCGCCCAUCAAAGCGCAAACCAAGGCCCAGGAGCGCUCUGGAUUGGUUGACGAAGAGCCGCACUCAGAGGACGACAUGCGAGGUGAAUUACGCAUAUCCGAGUGGCUCGCCGACGUUCCCGGUUUCGUCAUUUACAAGGAGCGCUACCUGGUCAAAGGAAAGGCCCCAAAGUGCUUGCUCGAGACGCACCAAGGCUUUCAUCGAAAGAUGAAGCGCAAGGACCCGGACAGGUUGCAAUUCUACCCGAGCCCGAGUCGCUAUCUCGACGACACCACUUUCCUGGUGGUAGAGCUUGGCGACGCAGGAACAGCUCUCGAAGAUUUCGAAUUGACAAACUCCAGUCAACUGUGGGACAUUUUCUUCCAUGUGGCUGUUGCACUGGCCAGGGCAGAAGAUCUAGCUUGCUUUGAGCACCGUGAUCUACAUGAGGGCAACCUUUGUAUACGAAGAACGGAAGACCCGCAAACGCGGAAUCCGAAGAAAGCAGGGCCAUACUUUGGCUACUCUGGUCUUGACAUAACGAUUCUGGACUAUGGACUCUCCCGCGCUGAGGAUCUCGAACUAGACGAAUCUGAGCCUAUUGCCCUCGACCUCGAGAAGGAUCUCAGCAUCUUCACCAGUACCCAUGCCCCGCAAUGCAAAGUCUACCGCCAAAUGCGAUCCUUCCUUCUACGCGGCGAACGUGGGCAUUUGCCACCAUCGGUCCACAAAGUACCUUACGCCACGGGGGUAGAUGGCGAACCCCUGUCGUGGGAUGUUUUUGUGCCGUACACAAACGUGCUAUGGCUGGCUUACCUCUACCAGUAUAUGGCCAAGGGGUUCAAGGGCGACAAGAAGGACCUGUCGGAGUUCAAAAAGAUCACAAAAGAGCUAUGGAAACAUCUCGAUCCCGAUGCUAAGGCUGGAACGCCAGCAUUUGGGACUUCUGCCGAGGUUGUGAGGUUUGCGGUUGAAGCGGGCUGGAUAGAUGAGUCACAGCUCAUGGGAGAAAUUGAGGAGGACAGGGAGGAGAGCAUCAUCCUUUCCAGAGAGGAGGCUACGAGAAAGGUUCACCACCAAGAAUACGGAACAGACGAAGUCAGAACCACAAGAAAUCCCUAUACGGAUAUCGCGCACGUUCAUUUCAUAUGGGGCUGGAUUUUGUUCCUCGUCAUCAACGUCCUCUUCGCCAGCGGAUUGCCGACGAGGAUCGAGAAUGACGAGAACGAGAACGAAGACGAGGAGUACGAGGAAGACGUGGAGAUGGUCGACGUUGACGAUGAGGGAGACGAUGGUGAGGAGGAGGAGAAUGGCGAUGAUGAGCCCGAUCCUAUUCUGAUUGAGGAUGAAGACAACAGCGACCCUGACGAUGAGGGCCCGAAUGCCCCUAGAGGCGGUGACGGCCAGGGACCCAAUCCUGCCCAAAUCCCUGAUCUAGGACCUGAGCCUAUACGCAUCUUCUCCCCCUGGACGUAUAUGUAUUACAUCCGCACUACGUAUAAGGACAGGGAGGAGGGCCGAUCCCCCGCCGAAGAGCUCCCGGCUGUCGACUGUUGCUACCUCCUUGAGGGAGGUAAUGGUUGCGUCCAGUGCAGUGGUCGUGGUGACUUGUGCGCCGUGGUGACUUGCUUCUCGGCGACCGUCUUUCUCAUUGUGGUCAUCGUGACAAAUGGCGCAGCUAGAACUAAUAGUGAGGGACAGGCCUAG